AAAUGAAAUUCCUGUUAAUUUUGAUGGCAGUUAUCUGCCUUAAUCUGAACCCAAGAGUUCUAGGACUCUCUGAUAAAGACAUGGAAACUCAAUGGAGAUUGGAGGGAGAGCUUGAUGAAUUAUAUGCCUUAGCCAAGGCCUAUAUCCAAGAUAAUCUGUAUAGAUUGAAAUCUGCGACAGCUUUUGAAAUCCUAAAGAACGUUGCAAAUGAUACAGCAGCAAAUCCAACAUACACAACAUGUCCAAGAAAAGCAGAGGCCAAUGGCGUUUACACAGUAAAAAUUCCAGGCCACCAGGAGUCCUUUGAAGUACUUUGUGAUGCAGAACUUGCAGGAUAUGGCUGGACUGUGAUAGCACGACGCACAAAUAGUUCAUUGAAUUUCUUUACGAACUGGAGAGAGUACAAAGAAGGAUUUGGAAAUCUUUCGGGUGAUUUCUUUAUUGGGCUUAAUAAGCUUCAUGCCAUUACAAAAUCGGAAGUUCACGAAUUAUAUAUACAUUUGGAGGACUUUGAGGGUGAAACCCGCUAUGCCCAGUACGAUGAGUUUUUAAUUGAAAGCGAGAAACAAUUUUACGCCAUGAGCAGUUUGGGCAAAUUCACUGGAGACGCAGGCGACUCAUUGAGACACCAAUUGGGCAUGAAUUUUACCACAUAUGAUCAAGAUAAUGAUGUGAUAAAUUCUGACAAUUGUGCCAUCAAAUACAUGGGCUCAUGGUGGCACAAUAAUUGCACCGAGAGUCAUUUCAGCCAUCUGUUUGGCCUAUAUUUGGAUGCCGAAAAUGAAGGCACUUUUGGAGAAAAUGGAAUGAUUUGGAAAACUUGGAGAGGCAAGAACUAUUCGUAUAAACGAAUGCAAAUGAUGCUACGACCAAAAUGUGUUUGUUAAUAAACUAAUGUUAAUAAAUAAAUAACUACAAAACUAA